GGGAGGGCGGGGGAGGAGAGGAGUGCGGGCCGGGGCCGCUCCCGCGGCGGUGAGUGCGGGCCGGGGCCGCUCCCGCGGCGGUGCCGGGCGCCAUGGCCCCCCCCAAGGACAUCAUGACCAACUCGCACGCCAAGUCCAUCCUGAACGCCAUGAACGCGCUGCGGAAGAGCAGCACUCUGUGCGACGUCACCCUGCGCGUGGAGCACAAGGACUUCCCCGCGCACCGCAUCGUCCUGGCCGCCUGCAGCGACUACUUCUGCGCCAUGUUCACCAGCGAGCUCUCAGAGAAAGAUAAACCUUAUGUGGACAUCCAGGGCCUGACAGCCUCCACCAUGGAGAUCCUGCUGGACUUUGUGUAUACAGAAACUGUCCAUGUGACAGUGGAGAACGUCCAGGAGCUGCUCCCCGCAGCCUGUCUGCUCCAGCUGAAAGGUGUGAAACAAGCUUGCUGUGAGUUUCUAGAAAGCCAGCUGGAUCCAUCCAAUUGUUUGGGCAUUCGAGAUUUUGCUGAGACACACAAUUGUGUGGAUCUAAUGCAAGCUGCAGAGGUCUUCAGCCAGAAACACUUUCCAGAGGUGGUUCAGCAUGAAGAGUUUAUCCUCUUAAAUCAAGAAGAGGUUGAAAAGCUCAUCAAGUGUGAUGAAAUUCAGGUGGACUCGGAGGAGCCUGUGUUCGAGGCGGUGAUCAACUGGGUGAAGCACUCCAAGAAGGAGCGGGAGGCGUCGCUGCCGGAGCUGCUGCAGUACGUGCGCAUGCCGCUGCUGACGCCGCGCUACAUCACCGACGUCAUCGACACCGAGCCCUUCAUACGAUGCAGUCUGCAGUGCAGAGACCUCGUGGAUGAAGCUAAGAAGUUCCACCUUCGGCCUGAGCUGCGCAGUCAGAUGCAAGGCCCCAGGACAAGAGCACGUCUGGGAGCCAACGAAGUCCUGCUGGUGAUCGGUGGCUUUGGCAGCCAGCAGUCACCUAUCGACGUUGUGGAGAAAUACGACCCCAAGACUCAGGAGUGGAGCUUCUUGCCGAGCAUCACGCGCAAGCGGCGCUACGUGGCCACGGUGUCGCUGCACGACCGCAUCUACGUCAUCGGCGGCUACGACGGGCGCUCGCGGCUCAGCUCGGUGGAGUGCCUGGACUACACCUCCGACGAGGACGGCAUCUGGUACUCCGUGGCGCCCAUGAACGUGCGUCGAGGCCUGGCCGGAGCCACCACCCUGGGAGACAUGAUCUACGUCUCCGGAGGGUUCGACGGCAGCCGGCGGCACACCAGCAUGGAGCGCUACGACCCCAACAUCGACCAGUGGAGCAUGCUGGGGGACAUGCAGACGGCGCGGGAGGGCGCGGGGCUGGUCGUGGCCAACGGAGUCAUCUACUGCCUGGGUGGCUAUGAUGGGCUGAACAUUCUGAACUCUGUGGAGAGAUAUGAUCCCCACACUGGGCACUGGACAAACGUCACCCCCAUGGCCACGAAGCGCUCAGGGGCUGGCGUGGCGCUGCUGAACGACCACAUCUACGUGGUGGGGGGCUUCGAUGGCACUGCCCACCUGUCCUCCGUGGAGGCCUACAACAUCCGCACUGACUCCUGGACGACCGUGACCAGCAUGACGACCCCGCGCUGCUACGUGGGCGCCACGGUGCUGCGGGGCAGGCUCUACGCCAUCGCGGGAUACGAUGGCAACUCCCUGCUGAGCAGCAUCGAGUGCUACGACCCCAUCAUCGACAGCUGGGAAGUGGUGACCUCCCUGGGCAUGCAGCGCUGCGACGCUGGGGUCUGUGUCCUCCGGGAGAAGUGAGCCAGGGGGAGGGGGGCUUACAGAGAAGCUUCUGAAAUGUCUGGGCUGGAGGAAGAGUCCCAGGAGGUUGCAGUGGCUGUGCUCGAGUUGUGGAUGCUGUGGGAAGUGGCAGCAGGAGAGCAGCUUUCUGUGCUGCUUCUGACUAGAGCAUGUGCAGAGCUGCGGCACCUGCACAGCCGGCUGGGAGCAGGAGCUCUGUGCAGCCAGAGGAAGGUGUUGAAGCAGGUCAGAAGCUGCCUUCUCUGCUGUUCCUGUUGGCAGAGCAGAUGCCCCUGGCCUUAGUGCCAGGCAGCCUGGUGAACGCUCCCAAGGACGUGUACAUAGAGCUGGGUGGGCUCUGCAGCUCCACGCAGCUCCUCUGGUGGCUCUCAGCCGUGUGAACUCAACUGCUCUUCUGUGCCAGCUUCUGCCCCUGCUGUACAUACUGAAUGUGUGCCCUGCUCCUGGCGCAGCGCAGAGCCAAACCGGGGAGCAGGGCAAGGGGUCCUGCCCUGGAGCUGCGUCAGCAGGGCCCUCAGCUCUGCACCCAAAGGAGUCACAGAUGAAAGCUGUCAACUACUGAGACCCAACAGCCUGAGGCUGCAGGGGCAGAGGGCAGGGGGCAAAGCUCAUUGCCUGGCAUAGCAGCAGGUCUGCAGCAUUCCUGCUCCGCUCCAGGGCUCAGCAAGGCUCAGCACCUCACAGCUCCCUCACAAAGCUGGGCAGCCCUGGCUGCAGAGCUCUGCCCUUGGUGGCAGCAGGAGCCUUGCGGGGAUGCAGCAGUGCCUUUGCUCCCACCCCUGGGGAGAGGUCAUCCUGCAGAGCCCUGAAAGUAAGGGACAGUUGCUGCUGUCCCUGCAGAACUCGCUGCUCAGCAGCUGGGGUCGGUCCCUCGGCAGCCUCCCGGUCAGGUUCCUUGUGUUGACCUUCAGCUAGGAUUCUUCUGCUUCCUGGGCCAGCUCCGAGUGGAAUCCAGGAUCCUGUCCUGCCUUCGUCCUCAGCUGUCCAUUCCCCAGCCUCCUAGCUCCCCACCCCCUCCACUGUCCCCCUUCAACUGCCCCACAAGCCCCAGGUGAGAGCCUCCCCUGCUGCUCACAGAGCUCUCAGCAUGUCUCUGGGAGCUCUCCCGUACCAUCCGCUUGGCCCCCGCAGUGCCUGGGCUCUGUGUAGUGCUGCUUGUUGAGCUUCCUGCUGACUCCCGCUUGGGGACAGGGUGGGAUCAGGGAUGUGUAGCAUGACUGCGAUGAUGCACUUUCAGCCGACGCUCCGACCCUCUGCGUUCGUUUCUAUCACUCAAAAGUGUUCUGUGGGUUUGGUUCCUAUGUUUAUUUUUUAAUGAAAAUACACAGAAUAAAAUAUUUCCUGAGCCAGA